UAAAAAAGCAAAUUAUCGAAAAAUCUACUGAACCAAAUCAAAGUGAAACAAAUUAUAAUUCAGAUAAUUUAGACAUUGGCAGAAAUGCAGGUAUUCCAUAUUAUGGAUGGAGAUUGUUUUUUUCUGAUAAAGAAUAUAAACCCGACUGUAUUAUUGCAAAGCAAACUAAAGCAAUGGAAGGCUUUAUAGGAAGGCACAAAGAAUUAUCUUCGUAAUGCACAAUGGCAAAUUUUGAAGCAGGAAUGUCUUUCGAUGUCGAUAUAUGUGAAUUGUACAAUGAUACUGAAUUUAUGAAAGAGUGGCCAAAUUUUAAAGAUGAGAUAUAUGAGAAUCCAACAAAAACAUUAAAUUGUAUUAAACUUAGUAUUCAUCAGAAAAUUUUUGAGACAGUACCGGAUGAAAAUUUGCAACAUGUUCUGAAUUCUAUUAGCAAUUUACCAACAGUUAAAAUAGGUAUAUUAAAUUAUAAACCAAUUAUAUGCUUGCGAGAUCUCAAAUUAAACUGUUAUGAGAAAUUGAUAUCCACCAGAGGCUGUGUAAUAAGAGUUAACAGAAUAAGAUAUCUUGCACAAUGGAUAGUAUUUGCCUGUUCCAAAUGUCACUUGCAAAAGUUAGUCAAACAGCGGCAAGAAAUGUAUACAUUGCCAAAAAAAAAAUGUGAUGUGUGUGGUACAUCAAAAUUUUAUCCAAUUUUAGAUUCAUCUUAUACAAAAACUGUCUUAUGUCAAAUAAUUAGAAUUCAGGAACCGUUAAAUGAUGAACAGGAGAAUAAAAGUAAAGUACCUAAAAUACUUGAUGUAGAACUUUUAGAUGAUUUAGUCAAUAUCUGUAUGCCGGGCGAUGAUAUAACACUUACAGGCAUAAUCAAGGUUUUAGGAGUCGAUGAUGGUACAAAUAAAGUACAAGUUGGAACUCCAUUUUCGUUAUACAUGAAAGCGAUAACGGUUGUCAAUAACAAGCAUAGAUAUCAAAAUAAAAGUUCUAUGAGCACUGAAAUUUCUUUAAAAAAUUAUUUAGCUAUACAGGACAUAUAUAAAAAACCGAAUCUUUUUGCAUUAUUAGUACAUUCGUUAUGUCCUAAUAUAUACGGCCAUGAGAUAGUUAAAGCUGGAUUGAUAUUGAGUUUAUUUGGAGGUAAUGCAAAAUGUACACAAUUACGAGACGAUAUACAUAUUCUGUUAGUUGGAGAUCCUGGUCUUGGCAAAUCGCAGAUGUUACAAGCUUGUGCUCGAAUAUCUACAAAAGGUGUGUACAUCUGUGGCAAUUCAAGUACAUCCUCUGGAUUAACAGUAACUCUUACAAAAGAAACGGGAUCAAAUGAUUUUGCUUUAGAACCUGGUGCUUUAGUUUUAGCAGAUCAAGGUUGUUGCUGCAUUGAUGAAUUCGAUAAAAUGUGCUCUCAGCAUCAAGCGUUAUUAGAAUCAAUGGAACAACAAAGCAUUACUGUUGCAAAAUCAGGUGUAAUAUGUUCCCUUCCUGCACGGAUAUCAAUUCUGGCAGCGGCUAAUCCUAUCGGAGGCCAAUAUGAUAAAAGCAAAACAGUAAAUGAAAAUUUGCAUAUAAGUCAACCUAUUCUCUCACGAUUUGAUUUAAUUUUUUUAUUAUUAGAUAAACCAAAUAAGCAUUUUGAUAACCUAUUAUGUAAACAUAUCAUGACUGUUCAUACCAAUUCACAUACAAAUUCCAAUGAAGAAAUUACGAAAUUAUUUUUCCACAAUGAAUGUGCUUUGAGAAAAAAGCUGAUGUUGCCAUUGGCCUCUGAAAUUAUACCACAGUCUAUUCUUCGAACUUACAUUUCCUAUGCCCGAGAAUAUGUGAAACCGAAAUUAUCCGUUGAAGCCGCAACAGUAUUACAAAAUUAUUAUUUAAAACUUCGAGCGAAAAAAGAGCAAUUUAGUAGCAUACCAAUAUUCAAUAGACAAUUAGAAGCUAUGAUUCGAUUAACUGAGGCUAGGGCAAAACUGGAAUUACGUAUGGAAGCAAUUGAAUCGGAUGCAUUGGACGUAAUAGAUAUAUUGCGAUAUGCAAUGAUAGAUACAAUAGAAGAUGAUCAUGAUGUAAUGCCAAAAUUACAUUCUGAUGGAAAAUUAACAAAUAGAAAGCUAAAAACAUUCAUAAAGAUACUAGAAAAAAAGGUAACUGCAGAUAAGGAACACAUAUUUUCAGUAAAAGAAUUGGAAGCACUUGCAGUAUCUGAAAAUAUUUUAAUGGACAAUUUAACUGUUUUAAUUUCAAAAUUAAAUGAAGAGGGUAUUUUAUUAAAAAUUAGAAAAGAUAUGUAUAAAUUUAUUCAUUAUACUUCAUAAUGUAAUAUAAUUCUUAUAUAUAGUGUAAUAUAAAAAUUUAAUAUGUAAAAUAUGUGAUAUUAAUUAUGCAAAAAUAAAUAUAAGUUUAUUUUUCUAAA